UCUUGGACCACCCGCCUUCCUCCACUAUACAAUGGAAGAAUUUCUGUUGUCAACGCUAACCGAAUUUAACAACCUAAAACAACAGCGCUCGGCAGAAGCUCUAGCCAGCCUGUUCAUAGACCGAGGAGUCGUGAAAGCACCCAUCUUGUUCCAGUACGCUCGCGCACUCCAUGGCCUGGGAGAAUAUAGAAAAGCAACGAAAAUCUGCGCCCGAGUUAUAGAAACCCUGCCAGAGUCGGCGCCAGAAUACACCUCAGUCAUACUCCUGGCCGCAGACUGUCACACAGCCAUCAGAAAUUAUAAAGUGGCAUUCCAGUUGUACAAAAAAAUCCCUCCAGCAUCACACACUAUCUGUUCAGUCACGUCAAUGGCAAAAGUAGCACUCGCUCUCGACAAGGAGAGCACCGCUAUCUCCCUCUUUCAACAGGCACUAGAAAUCAAUCCAUUUUGUUUGGAAGCCGUGCUAGAACUGAUUGAAUUGGACGCAUUCCCAAACAACUUUUUCGCCGCAACCUCUUCGCUGACCGGUCCCAAUUGUAAAAACGUCCGAUCGUCCCUUUGGAAUUGGUAUCGCUCCGUCGUCAGCAACCUCCAUUGCCUGUCUAAAAAUAUGUCGGUCCCGCCAAAAAUCAAACUUUUUGAGUCAACGCCAGGGUCAAACGCUCUCUUCAUGACCACCGACACCAAACGAGACCUGCUCCACCUCCGCGUCAAGGCGGUGGCAGCGAUCCGGGAUGCGGAUUACCAGCUAGCAAUUUCCAUAUUCGACACCAUACUCAGCAUCGACAGAUAUGCCAGCGAAGACAUGCAUUACUACGCCUAUGCAUUGGCAAAGACAGGGUCCAACGUCAACGCCCUCCACACCUUGACCUACUCUAUGUUAAACCUCGCACCGAGAAAGGCCUCGACAUGGCUUGUUGUGGCCACUUGGUAUGACGUAAAAAAAAAAACGACUUUGGCCCUUCAACACAUCCAUCGAGUCAUUUCGAUUGACCCACGAAAUUGGCUGGCUCACCUCUUCCGAGGAGAACUCUAUCUACGUACUAAAGACCAUACCAACGCUAUAAGGUCUAUAAGGCAGGCAUGGCAUCUGUCCAAGUCUAUCUGUGCAGGAGAACAGUAUGUCCUUGCAUCAUUGAAAAGUGACCCAAGAAACGCCUUGGCGCACGCGUCAGAAGUGUACAACCGCACAGGCGGCACCAGGUCGGCCCGGUCGUUGGCACUCAUGGGCAGGGCAUACGCCACAGACCCGACGACCCAUGACCUAGCGCUUCAAUAUCUGAAUAAGGCCCUUCAACUUGACCCAAAAUGCGCCUCGGCUUACAUUGGCAUGGCCAACCUGCAGCUUAACAAGGCGCCUGCCACGUCGUCCAACAACGCAGUCAAAUCAAUAGACCUAGCCGUAAAGGUACUCCAAGAUGGCAUCGCCGUCGCGCCGUGCGAGGCGUUAUACAUGGAACUGGGAGAGCUCUAUCUCAGACACGACAAGCUGUACGACGCGCUCAACCAGUUUUCACUCGUUCUGCUUCAAAACCCUUUGAGCGAAAGGGCAUCGACUCUGUUCAGCGAGGUGCAGGCGCUGCUGCGCGGAUCGCUGGAUUCGUAUCCGCAGGAAGAGUAUUUCAGACGGGACAACGACGCGCUCUGAAUGCCCUCCCUCGGGAGUAAGAGACAAACUGACCGCACCUCUCCCCAACCUGUCAAAGGGUUUUGUUUUUUAACCGCUAUCCUAUCACAC